AUGCCGACAUUGACCUCUGAAAAACUGGUCCAUCUGCAGGAGCUCUGCCAGAAGUAUCGCAUUGAGUUUCUUGGAGAGAUAGACUCAUCCCAUUGGCCGGAGUGGCACAAGGACACGCUCAAUGGUGUUAGAGAUGUAGCCAGCAUAAGAUACAAUGCCUACGCAACCAAUCCAGCCCAUUUGGGGACUGAUCCUUGGAAGAUGGAGAGGAAGAGUCAUGCCAUGGUUCUGGUCAAGAGUGCUGAUCGCUCUCGCGGUCGUAACGAGAAAAUCGACAAGAAGCUCGUCAACCUUGUCGUUGUCCGAGAGCGAGACGGUCUCUGGAUCAGUACGCUUGAGGUGGUGGGGUUAAAUCAAAUAUUCAAUUUCCGAGCGGAUGAUGAAGUGAACCACGGUCCAGAAAUCGGUAAAGAACUGGGAAAAAGAGAGCACCCUGAUAGAGUAUAUGGGCUCCGAAAAACGAGAAACAUUGAGCUUCUCCUCUAUGACAUGACUGCCCAGAGACCCGACCCUGAGUUCAGCACAGAUCCAGGCCAAACAGGCUGGCCAUUCGCAUUACGAUUCAUGAAUCCACCUAUGAAUGAAAAGGGAGAUCACCAAUUAUUCCCAUUUCUAGUUCUCGAAGCCAAGACGGGCUCCUCAGAUGAGUGGCAUGCAAUCAAUAUGCAAACGGCUUUCUCGAUCAGAACGUUUCUUGAUUCUCAGCAACAGCUUUAUUCUGCGGCCAGCGCACUGUCUGAUUGGAAAGCAAAACCUAUGGUAUGGUUCUUCUCUAACAAGGGAGAAAAUUGGCGUCUUUGUGCAGCAUACACGGAAGACGCUUCCGCUGAACGGGACCGUGUCGGUACUACUGUCUAUCGGGUUAUUGAUGUAUGGCACGGCUGCAUUACAUCUCGUGAUGGAGCUUUGCAGCUGCUCCUGCUUGUCGACUACCUCUUCGACUGGGCGAGAGAUAAGUAUCGGGAGGACAUCAUUGGCGCUCUAAGAACUGUAGCCCGCGGUGAAAGCGAUGCUGCUAGUGGAGUUUAUUACCCAGACACGGACAUCUUUUCAACCGUCCCGCUGGACGGAGUUCACCAACCGACGCAAGUUACUGAAGAUGAUAGCAAUCUGAGCAGCUACAUUUCGGCACAGUCACCCUUCCUGGCCCUAGAUUCGCCCGCAGGAGUGUUUCGUCAUGCCACUUUCGUGGAAUCAAAAUACUACUGCCUCUAUAUCACUAGAGACAACGUAGAGACGUUCCUGCGCUCUGCAACACAGACCAGAGUUCAGCCUCUAUGUCGACUAAUUCUUGGGCAUAUGUCUCAGUCAAUCUUGACUGACCCAGACACUUUGGAUGCAAUUGAAGUGGAGUGGACCGGGGUGUCUCGAUCGUCAGGGUCUUCAUAUCGCCCACAAGCCCAGGAGCAGUUCCACGUGGUCAUGUCGUUCACAACAUAUCUAUCUACUCAAUGGCACCAAGUACGAGAGCUUUCCGUCAUUGCUAUAACAAGAGAUGCCUGGAAAUUUAUUGGGGAUGCGUUCGGGUUUAUGAAAAAAUUGAGGAAGCCUCUGAUAUACGAUUACUACGAUAAGAGUGAAUUUAUCCGAAUGAUAAUAAGACUAAUGGCUGGAUCUCCUAGGCAGAUUCUUCAUGCCGCGAUAAUGAGGACAGCUUAUAGGAUUGUGCAGAGUUUUGCAGGUUCCCAUUCUCUCGGAGUUAAAGUUGACAGUGGCUCUCUACGAGGCAUUGUAUACUUUAUUUACGCCUGGCUCAAGAGAGGAGGGGCUUUAGAACCCGACGAGUCGUUCCUGAGAUCAUCUAAAAAUUUUCACCAACAACACUUACGAGAAGACCAAGCCGAACCGUUUCCGUUGUUACGGGAGAAUCAUCUACAAGCUUCGGAUGAGGGCUGCGUGUUGAUCACGGCAACAUGCGAAGGAAUGGAUUCAGCAGGGAGAAAGGGAGCUAGCUUGUGCGCCUACCUAACCGAGGGCAGUCCUGCUGCAACAGAUACCAAAGAUCUAGCUGCUACUCUGAAGAAGGCAAUCGAAACCCGCGACGUCUACCACACAACUAGAACCUCCACCAGAAGUACGAAUUUCACGGCGUUGAACCAACAAAAGCAAUCAGGCGAUGGUCUCUGGAAUAUACGAGGACCGUACGGGGUUUACAGUCGUGAUUUUGGUUUUCUUGAUUUUCUGAGAACGCUUAGUUCCGAAGUGCCUACUGUCAUAGGGUCCUCACGAUCGCCUGACGCAUGUGGAUCGCAACUCUACCAGAGAAAUAUAUCUCCAUGGAUGGAUCCACGCUACUUUUAUAUCAAAUGUCAACCACGAAUGUUUGUAUUGUAUAAGCUUUUCACUAAAGAGAUACUUUUCUGGAAGGGUAUCGCCAGAGAGCGGGAGAGAAGCGGUGUAUCUUGCUGCCGCUUGUGUGCUGCGCUAGGAGAACAUGACAUAUGUACGGCUUGCCAGGUGUUUUUGGCAGAUAAGAACCAGUACGAGUGGUUCAAAAAUGCUGUCCGUGGGGAACCGCCGCUUCAGAUAAAAGACCUUUCCGAAGAGGAGCUCGGAAAAAGGCUCUGGACCAUCCGCACUGGGUAUACAUCACUGCGCCAAAACAUCGCGCGUCGACCACUUGGAUUUGGCAAUUACGAUGGAAAUAUUGACUGGGCUAGGAAGCUUGAUUUCUACUCAAAAAUAGACGACCCUUUCAACGAUAUUGCCGAGCUAGCUGCACAAUGGCAACAAUUUUGCCGAUAUUGUGAUGGGAAAAAAAUGGUACCACCCAUUCAGUCAAGCCGCAAACCGGAAGCGCAAGCGAUCUGA